AUGCAUUCAGCUCGCAUCCAACAGUUUGUCCGUCGGCUCCAACGGCCGUCGCUCCAAGGCGAUCACGUUUUCAUUUCCAGCAAGUGAGUCUUGAAUAUUAUGAAUCAUCACCAUCGGCAAUUAUUCAGAUACACAGGACGUUUGUUCAUUUGUGAGCAAGAAGAUGUCAAUAAAAUGAUAGAGUCAUAUCAGAAGAUAGAUGAUAAGUAUGCGAUAUUCGAACAGAUGUUUCUCACCAUAUUCCUGGUUUGUUUAAUGCUUUUGGAAAGUUUUGAAAAUAGAUUGUUUAGGAGCAAGAAGUGGAAAUGGCGUACAGUUUCGGACUGGAGAACUUGAAUGAGCAGCAGUUGAAAGCGGAGCAGAAGUUCAGAACGCACGUGGGCAAGUUCCAGAGAUUUAUCACCGGAAUCAUUGACAUGCUCUCGAAAGGAGUGGAGAGCUCCGAUCAAAUCGUCGAGAUUCUCAGGUAUUCCGCUCUUUCGCAUGACCCCCCCCCCCAAUGCAUGACUGACCUCCUUUCUUUUCAGAAUCGUGGGUCGCCAGCACGGCAAUGUGCGGACGAUGAGUUUCACCGCCGAGAAAUGGCUCAUUUUCAAGAACGUGCUCCUUGACCUUCUCUGCAAGGAUGCAAAUGUGGGUGUAAUCCUAGAAGGCAAAUGAGAAAAAGAGAAAAAAGAAGGGCGCCCAUGAGAUGAGUGCGUAAUGAGAUGUUUUCAGGAAAAAGCGAGUGGCACUUGGAAUAAACUCAUCAGUUUCAUGAUUUCCGAGGUCAAAGACAGCUACCUGGAACAUGUGAGUUUGCAAGGGAUCGGAUGAUAUCCAAAAAGAUCUAUUACAGGUCCGUCAUGCCCGUUCCUCUUCCUGCCCUCAGAUCAACUCGUACCGCUUCAUCGCCUCUCGAUCGAAACGUCUUCGCUCUCGGAAACACUCAGAAUCGGCCAACAAACUGGGACGAAUCGAGUCGGGAAAGGCGCUCGACGGGUGA